CCCCCAGAGGAUGAGGAGGGUACAGACCAAAGUAAGCACAAGCUUACGUAAGGGUAAUGCCUUUUGGUACGGCAUUAAAAAAAUACUAGUCCUCCAUUGGGCGGUGGAGGACUUAGAGCUAAGACACCCCAAAACUCUCCGGCGUGAGAUCCAAAAUAGAUCGGAGGAGGGGGGGGGGGUGUUCGUUGCUUGAAGUGGAUCAAUAAAACAUUAAGCCAUCAAAGCGAAGCUUAUUACUCACGUCGAGCAAGCUGAACGACCAGACCAACCACGCAAAAACUGCGGAGCUAGAUGUACGGACAAUGCAUUGUUUUCGUUUGAAGAGAGGCGAGUACAAAGCAGUAAGGAAGUGUUGGCCAAACUUCGGCAGAUAGGUCUACUCGGGAGCGUAAGGGGGGUAGCAACCCAUGGUGGAGCGUACAUCACAAGCUGGACGUUGGUGUACGCUCCAUCCCGGCGUGUGAGUAGGAUCUUAGGCUAUGCCAGCCGUCCCUGAACUUAUUGUGGUGAAAGUGACCUCCCACGAGGAAAAGAGCCUGUACCGCGGGACUUCGGAGGUGAUAAAUUGGUUGGUCGGGGGACGUCUGGGAACGCCCGGCGCAAGAUUGGGGUACUUGUGCCAGGAGGUGUGAACUUGGAUCUAGACUACGAGCCUAUGUUGGAGGCGCUAUUUAGCGUCGGUGAGCCGGCAAAAGAACUGAAAGGAACCACAACCCCCGCCGGACACUCGGAUUGGGAAGGCCGAGUAUUCCGUAUACCUUCCUGAAAAAACACGAAAAACAAGUGGCCACGGUCCAGUUGCCGUAGAGAUCAUGAGGAUGGUGAAGAAGCUUGGAGGAUGGAAGCAGAAACUGUGGAAGGGAGACAAGUUGGAGCUGCUGCUGUUUGGGAUUCCAAGGGACAUGACGAGGAUAGAGUUCAAGAACUGUUGUGACAGGGAGGGACUGCACUGCCUAGCAAGGGGACAAGUAGGCAGAGAACAUGAACACUUCCGGGUGAAAUUGACCAAGGGAGACAGCCAAGAGUGCUUGGGGGUUGAUAUCGAGAAGCUGUCGAACUACGUAAGGAAGUUUGGAUGGAGGGUUUGCAUCGCGAACAUGAUAGAAACAGAGAAGGUAAGGAGACAAGAGGCGAGGGCGACGGAGGCGAAGAAAGGACCGAGCAGGGCAGUCGAGCAAGCAAGUCAGAAGAAGUCCGAGAAGAAGCGGAAGGCGAACGAUGGUGUGCGCAAAAUCUCCAAUAGGGAAAAGCGCAAGCUGAGAGUCGGGUCGUGGAACGUGUGCGGGUUCGCAAGGAGUGAGCGCAAGCGGUUGGAAAUAGUGGACCAAGUAGAACAAAGCGAUCUAGAUGUAGUGGGGAUCCAAGAGACGUGGGAAUUGAAGGAUGGUGACGUGGUAAGCAAACUAGGGAAAUACCGGUGGGUAGGGAAGGCAAGAAAGGGCUUAGACCCGAAGAAAAGGGGGGAGGGGGGAGUCGGAUUCCUGGUCAAGGAACACUUGUUUGACGUGGUGGAAGUAGUGGUGAAAACGGAGUUCGAGGAAAGCCUAUGGCUUAAGAUACCUGGGGAGCGGGGUGAGAAAGAUUUGUUUCUAGGGAACGUAUACGUCCCACCGUCGUCGAAGAAAGUCGCAAGCAAGGCGCAGGAGAACUUUGGACAAAUUGGGGAAGAUGUCCAGAGGUUCAGUAGGAAGGGAGAAGUUGUCAUGGUGGGCGAUUUCAACUCCAGAGUAGGGAAAGCUUCCAGUAGAGGACAGGCGAUCGGGCAGCACGGAGAAGACAAAGUGAAUGACAACGGAGUGAGGAUGCUUGAAUUCUUGGGAAGCAACGAACUGAUGGUGUUGAACGGUAGGAGGGAAUGCGAUAAGCCGGAGUUCACAAGGCAACGGGCAGUUUGCAAUGAAUACUCAAUCCUCGACUACAUCCUGGUAGACAGGGGGAGCACGCAGAUCCCAGAGCUGCACAUAAGUGCGAUAGAUAUAGGUUCGACCGACCACUUCCUCAUAUGGGCAAACAUCGACCGAUCCAGAAAGAUGAAGAGUAAGAAACAGAGGAAAGUGUUCCGAUGGAAGGUAGAGCGUUUGGGAGACGAUGGGACACGGGAUGAAUUCCAGAAGGGGCUGGCUGGUAGUGUAGAAUCCUUCAGGAAACUGCUGAGAAGCGUCGAAGACGGACAGGUAGACGUACAGGCAGCAGGGGACAGAGUGAUUGAAGGGUGGGAGUCCAUCGUGAACGCAACGGCAGAGAGAGUAGUGGGAACGAAGGUGGUACGAUGUGGGGUAUCGGUUAAGUGGUGGGAUGACGAGCUGAAAGAAGAAAUAGGGGAACGUAGAAAAGUCUUCAAGCAGUACCUGAGUGAGGCGUCUGAGGAGAGUUGGGAAAAGUACAGGGCCAAGAGAAAACAGGUGAAGGGACUAGUGAGAAAGAAGAAAAAGUGUAUUUGGGACGAAGUAGUGCAGAAGGCCAACGGAGGCCUGGAGGGAAACGUCAAGCAGAUGUGGGAAGGGAUUAGUGGAAUGGUAAAAAAGACCGCGCAAGGGGGGGAUACAGGGGUCGCAACUUUGCGAGGUGUGAACGGUGGAUUAGUCAGCAGUGGGAAGGGAAAAAGGGAAGUUCUAGCAGGACACUACAAGAGACUUGGAGUGCCCUCGGAGAAUGAAGCUUUUGACCAAGUGUUUAAGAAGGAGGUGGACGCAUGGGCCCAAAAAGAAGAAGAGACAUCGAAGGCAGACGUUGGGAACGUAGAACUAGAAAAGGAGUUCACUGAGGACGAGGUUGAGGCGUGUGUGAACAAGCUGAAGUGCCACAAAGCAGCAGGAGCGGAUGGGAUAGUCAACGAGUUCAUGAAGUUUGGGGGGAAGGGGAUGAUCCAGCUGAUGGUACUGCUAUACAAUUCGGUGUGGAAAAACCAGCAUUCGCCAAGUAGAUGGAGGGAAGGAGUGGUUGUGAACUUGAAAGGAGACAAGACUGACCCAGGAAACUACAGGGGGAUCACACUGUUGAACACAGUAGGAAAAGUGUUCUGUAAGCUGCUGAACGAUAGGAUAGUGGGAGUAUUGGAGAAGGAACAUAGCAUUAGUGAGGGCCAGGCAGGUUUCCGCAAGAAGAGGGGGUGCGUAGACCACGUGUUCACGGUAGGGAGAAUCAUCCAAGGUAGAAAGAGGGCGGGAAAGCCGACGUACUGCUUCUUCCUGGACGUGAAAAAGGCAUACGAUACCGUUUGGAGAAAUGGGCUGUGGAAACAACUGUCCAAGCACGGGAUGAAGGGGAAAAUGUGGAAAGUGCUGAAGAAGAUGAUAAGAGUGUAUGAAAAGCGCGGUCAUGCUAGACGGAGAAAGGUCUAAAUUCUUCGACAUUGAGCAUGGGGUCCCACAAGGUUGCACGCU